UAAAAAUGCAUUAUCACAGUAAUGGUUUUAACCCCAAAUGUGCACUCAAAAUUGAUCUUAUGAAGGCAUUUGAUUCAGUCUGCUGGGAUUUUGUUUUUCAAGUCUUCUUAGCUCUUGAUUUUCCUAUAAAAUUUGUUGAUUGGAUAAGAGCCUGCAUUACAACACCAAUGUUCUCUGUAGUGUUUAAUGGACACUUAGCAGGAUAUUUUCCAGGGAAAAAGGGGGUGAGGCAGGGUGACCCUUUAUCACCUUAUAUAUUUGUGAUUUGUAUGGAGAUACUCUCUCAUUUGCUAAACAAAGCUGCCAUAGAAGGAAAGAUUGUGUACCAUCCCAAAUGUGCCAAAGUGCAGCUUACACACUUAUGCUUUGCUGAUGAUCUAAUCAUUUUUACAGAUGGUGCAUCUUCCUUUUUAAGUGCUAUUAACAAUGUUCUCACUCAGUUUUAUCAGUUAUCUGGUUUGAAGGUUAAUUAUUCCAAAUAUGAGAUUUUUUGCUGUGGCAUAUCUAGUGAGGAAAUUAAGAAAUUAACAGCAGCUUAUGGGUUCAAGGCUGGUGUCCUCCCAAUAAGCUCAACUGAGUUUGCAAGAGGGGCUAAAGUGAAUUGGCUGUCAUUGUGUCACCCUAAGCAGGAAGGUGGUCUGGGUUUGAGGAGUCUGACGCAUUGGAAUGUAGCAUGUAUUAUGAGAUUUAUUUGGAUGCUCUUUACAAAAGCUAGAUCUAUUUGGGUGGCAUGGGUCCAUGAAUAUCUAUUGAAGGGUUGUAGUUUCUGGUCUAUAAGAGUUCCUUCUGAUGCAUCAUGGGGUUGGAGGAAACUCCUCAAUCUUAGACAACAAGCUAGGAAACUUAUUAAACACAUUCCAGAUUCUGGGUUUUCUUCCCAAGCCAAGCUGGAGGUAGUGGUUAAUGGUAAUUUUUGGAAAUGGCCACCAGCUCGCUCACCUCAAUUGCUAGACAUUCAAAUUGCUUUAUGUGACAAACUAUAUCCUAAGGAAAGGGACAAGGAUACUGUUAUAUGGAUCCCUUCAGCUUCAAGGACAAACACUGCAGGGAGAACAUGGCACUGGAUCAGAAGUAAGCAGUCCAAGGUUCCUUGGCAUAGGCUGGUUUGGUUUUCUUGGCAAAUACCAAAACAUAGCUUUAUUAGUUGGCUAGCCAUAUUGGAUAGAUUCUCAAGUCGAACCGGGAUCACCUUGAUCCGGAGUCUGUCUCCAGCCAUUCCUCCUCCAGAGCUUCUCCCUCGAGAUCGAGCGUCUCGGAUUUCGAAGAACAAGUUAGAAGGCAGCAUCCCUGAUAACCUUUCAGUUGAACUGAAAGGGUUCAAUGUGUCAUAUAAUAAUUUAUCUGGUGCUAUACCUGAUAACUUGAGGCAGUUUCCUGAUUUGGCAUUUCAUCCUGGAAACUACUUCCUUAGGUUUAGUUUUUCUCCAUCAUCGCCAAAGGAUUCUUCCAAUCGGAAUUUGAGGGCACCUGGGUCUCAUUUGAAACCUGCUAGCAAAAUUGCUUUGGUUGCAGGUUUGGUUGGUGGCACUGCUAUACUAUCUCUUCUAUGCAUAAUGAUUUAUUUCAGGGCCUAUUGGCGGCAGAAUGACCAUUCAAAAGUAAUUAGGGGAAAGAAAAGUGUUGAACAUGGGGUUGCAUCAGCGCCUAGCAAAAGCAAAGACUACCCAUCGUCUUCACUUAGUUUCCGUCAAGAACUUUUGCCAUCAUCAGAAAAGGGUUCUGCAUAUUAUCGUGGGAACAGUUCAUCAGUUGUAACUGAGCCUCAAGGUUUUGGUCAUCCUGAAUCCAUCAGAAAAGAUGAAACAUUAGCUUCACCAAUGUCUAUAUUGUCAUCUUCAAAUCCCUCUCCAUCUAGGAGCCAAUUUCCAUCCGGGAGUCUUGGAACACUUAAAGUUCAUUCUCCAGAGAAACUAACCGGGGAUUUACAUCUCUUUGAUGGCUCACCAGCAUUCACAGCAGAAGAACUUUCACGUGCUCCUACUGAAGUGAUUGGAAGGAGCUGCCAUGGGACAUUGUACAAAGCUACACUUGACUCUGGUCAUGUAUUGGCUAUCAAGUGGUUGAAGGAAGGCAUAGCGAAAGGUAAAAAGGAAUUUGCAAGGGAAGUAAAGAAACUUGGGUAUAUUAAACAUCCGAAUUUAGUUCCUCUUCUUGGCUACUACUGUGGCUCGCGGGACCAUGAGAAGCUGGUCAUAUCAAAUUUCAUCAAUGCAGAAUGUUUGACCCUCUAUCUUCAAGAGACGGAGCCAAGAAAAUUGCCACCUUUAUCUCUAGAUGAACGGCUCAAAAUUGCUAUGGAUGUUGCUCGGUGUUUGAACUACCUACAUAAUGAGAGAGCAAUACCUCAUGGCAAUCUUAAGUCCACGAACAUUUUGUUAGACACUCCUGAUAUGACUGCACUCCUCAGUGAUUACAGUCUCCACAGGGUAUUGACACCAGCAGGCACAGUUGAGCAGGUUCUAAAUGUAGGCGCUCUUGGCUAUAGACCAAGUGAGUGGAGGGCCGUCUCCUGGACGGCGGAGGUUGAUUCGAAGAUGAAGAUGGACUCAAUUUCUGGCCAUAGAUCAGAAAUCGCCUCGUAAAGGUCUAGUAUGCGGAACAUUUUCUCCGGUAUUUUCUUGCAUUUGGCUACGUUUUCUGGGAAUCCAAACAGAGCCAGAGCACCGUCUCUAGAAAUUUCUGAGAAGCAAGAUUCUCUCAACGACGAGGCAGAGAACACCUGGUCACAGAGGAUUCUCUCGCCGUAGAACAGUGUUUUCACGGCGACUUUCACAGCGUUUAACCAGCUCUUGAUCUUAAUCUCCAAAACCUCCCAAUCCAUCUUUUGGAGUUGUGAGAGAGUCAAUCUCUCAACUCCGAGAUGAUAAAGAGCCUCAUCAAUUAUGGAUUUCCGAAUAAUUUUGUAAAUCUUGAUGCACUCCUUCGGGUAACCGGCGGAAAUCAUACAAUCCGCAAUAGUUCUCAAAUCCGCCAUGGCCGCCGUCGAAGCUCUCUCCAUUUCAGAAAUUGCCUCGUUCUCGUGCCUCGACUCGUACUCAAACUCGUCUUCGAAAUCCGAGACGCUCGAUCUCGAGGGAGAAGCUCUGGAGGAGGAAUGGCUGGAGACAGACUCCGGAUCAAGGUGAUCCCGGUUCGACUUGAGAA